AUGAGGGCUGGGUCGCGCGGGCCCGUGCUGGCUGUAGCCCUCCUUGCCGUACUCUAUUCAGGAUGGUGUUCAGAAGACGAAGAGCGACUGGUACGCGAUCUGUUCCGGGGAUAUAACAAACUCAUUCGCCCAGUCCAGAACAUGACGCAAAAAGUGGACGUGCGCUUCGGCCUGGCUUUCGUACAGCUGAUCAACGUUAACGAAAAAAAUCAAAUUAUGAAAUCGAACGUAUGGCUGCGUCUAGUUUGGAUGGAUUACCAACUGAUGUGGGACGAAGCUGAUUAUGGUGGCAUCGGGGUGCUCCGCCUGCCCCCUGAUAAGGUGUGGAAACCCGACAUUGUACUCUUCAACAACGCUGAUGGCAAUUACGAAGUGCGGUAUAAAUCUAAUGUUUUGAUCUAUCCCAAUGGCGAAGUUCUUUGGGUUCCACCAGCUAUUUACCAGAGCUCAUGCACAAUCGAUGUAACUUACUUUCCAUUUGAUCAACAAACGUGCAUCAUGAAAUUUGGAUCUUGGACCUUCAACGGUGAUCAAGUCUCUCUUGCGCUCUACAACAAUAAAAACUUCGUCGAUCUCUCCGACUAUUGGAAAUCGGGAACGUGGGAUAUAAUAGAAGUACCUGCAUAUUUAAAUAUUUAUGAAGGGAACCAUCCCACUGAAACGGAUAUAACUUUCUAUAUUAUUAUAAGAAGAAAGACUUUGUUCUACACCGUCAACCUAAUUUUGCCGACAGUACUGAUCUCCUUCCUCUGCGUUCUUGUUUUUUACUUACCUGCUGAGGCAGGGGAAAAGGUUACGUUAGGCAUAAGUAUUCUGCUCUCGCUAGUCGUGUUUCUACUGUUGGUGUCAAAAAUAUUGCCACCCACUUCACUUGUGCUACCGUUAAUCGCAAAAUACUUAUUAUUUACAUUUAUAAUGAACACCGUGAGUAUACUUGUGACAGUGAUCAUAAUAAAUUGGAACUUCCGAGGGCCUAGAACUCACAGGAUGCCUCUUUGGAUAAGAAGUGUCUUCUUGCAUUAUCUACCAGCAGCCCUACUUAUGCGUCGACCACGUAAGACUCGGCUUCGAUGGAUGAUGGAAAUGCCCGGGAUGGGAGCACCGCCCCACGCCGCUGCCCCUCACGACUUACCCAAACAUAUUAGUGCGAUCGGUGCGAAACAAAGCAAAAUGGAGGCAAUGGAGCUGUCGGACCUCCAUCACCCGAACUGCAAGAUAAACCGCGCCGCUGGUGGUGGUGAGGUCGGCGCCCUGGGUGGCCUCGGCGCUCUCGGAGGCCUUGGACUUGGCGAAAGAAGAGAAUCCGAGAGCUCCGAUUCCCUGCUACUGUCACCCGAAGCCGCUAAAGCAACAGAGGCCGUUGAAUUCAUAGCCGAGCACUUACGUAACGAGGAUCUUUACAUUCAGACGCGCGAAGAUUGGAAAUACGUGGCAAUGGUCAUCGAUAGACUGCAGUUAUACAUUUUUUUCAUCGUGACAACAGCUGGUACUGUGGGGAUUCUUAUGGAUGCCCCGCAUAUAUUUGAAUACGUAGACCAGGACCGCAUUAUUGAAAUAUAUAGAGGAAAG